AUGCACUUUGCGGUGCAGCAGAAGCUGUCCGACGGUCGAACUUUACUCGCAAGAGAAGCAGAUGUUGAGACUUGCGCACGAGACGGCACUUAUCCGCUACACUGGGCAACGAAAAGCGAAGAUCGAUGGGUGGAGGAGUUGCUGAAACAUAAAGCACGGGUUGAGGUCCGCGACAACACCAAACGAACGCCGCUCCAUUGGGCAGCUUUGGGGGGAAAAAAGGACGCCGUUGUUCGAUUGCUGCUGGCUGGUGCUUCACCGAAAGCACAGGAUGAACAGCAAAUGACACCUCUGCAUCUCGCGGCCAUUGCCGGUGACUGUGACUGCAUCGAAUCAUUAUCCGAAGGUUCCGACGUGGAGGCGAAGGAAAAAAGUCAGAGAACACCACUCAUGCUGGCUGUAUUGAACGACAAUGAAAACGAUGGCGCCGUGGAACUUCUCCUGAAGAAGAAGAAAGCUAACAUAAAGGCCACGGACGCCGAUGGUAGGACUGCCCUCCAUCUCGCAGCCUGGAAGGGCCACAAUUCACGGGUGGCACUUCUACUCAACGCCCUGCAGAGCCAAGGGAGCGCCGGUAAAGAGGAGGCGCAAGAGGAAACAACCGAAACCCGCAGGAUGACCCCACUCCACAUCGCGGCGUCUCGUGGCCACAAAUCCACAGUAAAACUGCUGUUGGAUAGAAAAGCGAACAGCCAAGCAAAGGAUAGCGGGGGAAACACAGCUUUAUCUAUUGCGCUAUCGGAAGGACACUCAACGGUCGUUAAACUGUUACUUGAACAAGGAGCCAACUUGUAUGGCGUGGAUACGCACGGGGAAACGGCGCUCCACAUUGCGAGCGAGUGCGGACACGUCCCCAUCGUACAGCUGCUC